GCAUCCCUUUUAGUAGCACCUUAGAGACCAACGAAGUUUGUUAUAGGUAAGGUGCUACUGGAAGGAAUUUCUUUAGAUAUACCAGAGUAAUGGCUCCCAUCCUUUUUCGCCCGCCACUUCUGAGCCUGGACUCGCUCUUCCUCUUCAGGGGGCCUGGUGGAAAAUGUUUCCUAAUCCCCCCAGGAUGAGGAAACCACGCUGGCUUGAGUAACACCUUCCCGGAUCCUUCCUUUGCGCUGACGAGGAGGAAAGCGAACCACCGACCUCCACUGUUGGGUUAGGCGCUGGUUUUAAGCUCUGAGCUGCUUCCCUAAAGGAAGGCUGCACAAGGCUCCUUUCCCCCCCUUCUCCCGGUCGAAUCCUUUCGCCCAGAGAUCCCUCGAAUAACAGAUCCCGUUCCUUGAAGAUGGCAAAAGCCUUUCGCGCGUUCCUCCUGGCGAGAACGCCAAGGUUCUUCCUCAUCCUUCUCCAAACAGGUCUCUGGUUCUUCGCCCCAAGCGCUUCGGGGGGCUGGGUUAUCGGGGGCAAGGAAGUUGUGCCCCAUUCCCAGCCCUUCAUGGCCUCCAUCCAGGUGAACGGGGCGCACGUCUGCGGUGGGUUCUUGGUGCGCCGAAAGUGGGUCAUGACGGCGGCUCACUGCCUGAUGCCCAGGCGAUCGCCGUCUGUACGCAUUGUGCUGGGCGCCCACUCCCUCGCGGCCCCCGAGGCCUCGCAGCAGAUUUUCGGGGUGCAAGAAUCCAUCGCUCACCCGCUAUACAACUCUGGGACCGUGACGAACGACAUCCGCUUGCUCAAACUGAACGGCUCGGCCGUCUUCAAUCACGCCGUUCAACGUGUCAGGAUCCCGCGAGCCAACUCCGACCCCCGCCCGGGAGUCAUGUGCCACGUGACGGGCUGGGGGGACACCUCCAAUUAUGGGACGAUCCCCACCAUACUGAUGGAAGCCAACACAACCAUUGUCGACCGGAAAGCAUGCAACGUAUCGUGGGCUGGCCAAAUCCGCCGCUGCAUGAUCUGCGCCGCGAACACCGACCCCAGUCUCCGCGGAUUCUGCUCGGGCGACUCAGGCGGACCCCUGCUUUGCGGUUCCAGAGUCCACGGGAUCGUCUCUUUCAACGGACGCCGUUGCGGAGAUCGCCGGUUCCCGGACGUCUACACUCGCAUCUCCAAAUACAUCGCCUGGAUCCGUUACGUACUACAGACGUUUUGAAUUGGAGCAAGUUGUGCAUGUGUGUGUGUCUUUGGCGAAGGCCGUGUUGGGGAGAAUUUUCUGUCCUCCCCUCAGGAAGGAAGCGAUGGAGUUGGAAUCACAAUAGCUUUUUAAAAAAAUUAAAAAUAAACUCUCCAUUUUAUGAAA